AUGGAAGCGCCGAACGAUCUCGACCGCCGCCCACAAGCUCUAGACGCUGCCCCCGACACGGAAGGACGGAGGUUGCUACCGAUCCAAGAUGUGGACGCGGUGGAGGAGCCACGAGGACGAGCGGGACGCUCUGCUAGCCACGAUUCCGGCCGAGCUCAAGCCGGGAUGACGUUGGGUGGACGCUGUAUACGUUGGGAGGAGAAUGCGUUGGCGGCAUCUGAUACAAAUUAUUAUUUACAGUCGGAGACUGGAAGAGAUGGAGCUGGAGAAGCAGAUGAUGAAGAUGAUGCAGAAGCUGAUGAUGGAAAUGGAGAUGAGGAUGGUGGUGAUGUGAUCGAACGUCUUGACAUUGAAGAAGGAGAAGAAGAGGACGGCGAAGAGGAGGAUGGAGAAGAGGAGAGGCAGGAGAGCGAUGAGCAAACGGCUGUGGACGAGCUGCAGGCACUGUGUCGGCGGUGCUACCAUUCGUUGCCGUUCGUGGCACUUUUUGUUGUUUACAUUGCGUACGAACACGCAACUGGCAUUUUGGUGUUUGUUAUUGGCACGGUUGCAAUCAUGGGACUCGACCACCGCAUACGUGAACAGGUGGCAAUGAAGGACAAGGCGAGCGGUUGGCAUCUCUUGAGUAUCGUCACCAUGUGCGCUAUCGAUAUGGCUGUGAUCUGUUUCUUAGAUGGCGAGCCGAAUCCGCUGCAUCAUUUUUCACAAAUACUGCAGUCGACAGGUAGGACUCACGGAAGUGAUAGCGGCGGCAACCUUGUGUCAAAUGGUGUGAUUUUUUGGCAGGUGCUGUGGACGGUCAUUGUGAACGAUUUUCUGGUUCGAUUUUGGAGUAUCAUUGCAAAGGCCCUCGUAGCUGGUGCAAAGUCAGGCCGGUUCCAGUGCGAGAAAAAGUAUGGAAAUGAGGCGACAGCAAUUGCGAACGUGAGUCGUGCUGUUGCGAUCGAAGAUGAAGCUACCGACGGCACUACAGAUGAAACGCCACUUACGCGACACGCAGUUUCGGCGGUUUCCUUCAACCGAAGAAAGCGGAAGCUCUAUGGCAUUAUUGAGAUGUGCUCUAUUUUUCUGCGGUCGUUGCUGGCUAGUAUUCCUUGGUGCAGUUUCUACCAGCUCUGUGGUUCCAAGUUUAUGGCAGAUGUUUUCACCUUUGCCUAUCUCCUGAUCAAGGGCGUAGUUCUCGCAACUCAUGGCAGACGUAUAUUCGUAUUGGCACGCUCCUUGAUCAGGCUGGGGCUCGAGUUUGGGGUGUAUGUCUCGAGCGAUGAUCUGGUGGAAGCAGGGUCGCCUGACUGCUCUAUCUGCUACGAGCCCAUGAAUCAGCCUGUGAAACUCGCGUGCUCGCACAUGUUUUGCGAAGAGUGUGUGACUGAGUGGUUCGACCACGAGCGCUCGUGCCCUCUGUGUCGGGCCAGCGUGGGGACGUCGAAUUCAACGGAAGCAGAAAACGUGAAGCCCCAAUUUCUUGACGGUCGGACUAGUCUCGUGCCACAGGUUUUGUAG